UCGUACCCAUUCUUUAUUUCUAUCUGCCGUGGUGGUGGUACGGCUUUUUGUCGACGCUUUGCUCUAUCGCUUGUGCUGAAAGUGAAAGACAAGAACAGAUCAGGAAAAGGGACACGAUGAAAGCAGGGGUGGUUCUGGUUACAGUGGUGUUGGUGCUAAGCAAGGCAUCAGCUCUACAGUGGACCUUUGAGGGGGAACUCACCCGGGGUAGUCACCAGGUCAACCGACGAUUGGCUGCCUCUCAACAAGAAGUGGCGCAUAUCAGUCAGGGAGAAAGUCUCAUCUUCCAAAUCUGCCUGAUGAAAGAGACGAAUGUUACCUUCCGAGAUAUCGUGUUCUCCAAUGACGGGGGACCUGACCGAGUCGUCGUCACGUUUGACAAUAUAGUCGUUGGCGAGUUCAACACGGCUUCAGGAACAGACUUUGGUCGUCUGUGGAAUGUGUUCCGUUACACGGGUACUCUGGGUAGCAUCAUGGCAGGCAGCGGGAUUCACAGACUGGUGCUUCGGGCCGAGACGGCUGACUUCUGGGGAGUGGAAAUAGACAGGGUUGUUAUGGAGAUCGACGACGAGCAUCUCAACUCUGAUAUCUAUCUCUGCAAAUAUCCCUGUUCCCAGGACGUGUUGCCUCUAACAGGUCCUCCGGCGGGUUCUGUCCCUGAGGGCUACAUUUCACAGCAAAGCUACCCGACCGCCUGUGCCGAAGAAGACAACGUCGUUAUCCCCGUGUUCCAUAAUUCAGUCAGCGAGUAUGUUGUCGCAGCCAAACUCCCCGCAUACCACUCAUUCAAAAAUGAAAGAGCCCCGAAUUUUGACAAUUGCAGUUUUGCCAGUGACGUCUACUGGAACUUCACCAACAUUGACGUCGCGUCUCUGUCAAGAACCGCACAGCAAUCAGUCCAGGCUACCCUAGACCUGAAAGCUAAAACUGUCAACCCCGACGGGACAAAGACACUCCAGAUUGGAACAGCAUUUUCAGUCGUCAAUCUGGCAGACCCUCAGAUCGGAGGUAACAUCCACCUAACUCUAAGUGGAAUAGGCGGUGCAGCAAGUGUCACCCUUCUGUAUAAAGGGGGAAGCGCCAAUGGGUACACUCAAUUGAAUACGUUCAGAUUUUCAACCGACAAUCCGUCAUACGUCUGGUCCAUUCCUGAUUUCACUUGGACACAAACCUCUAACGAUCUUCUCCUGUUUUUAGUAUCAAACCAGAGUGAUGUCGUGAACAUCGACGAGUUCUAUCUGCAGACACGGGAAACGAAGGGAGACACAUUUGUCACCAUUUACAAAGGGGAUGUCGUGGUUAACGGAGUAACGAAAGACCUUUGGUGGAGGACGAACGAGACAAUGGAGGUGUCACUGACCACGUCUACGACCACUUGGACAACACACUAUAUCCAGGUAUAUGUCCCAAUCCCAUGGUCCGGUGGCUGGUGCCAAGUUAUGGUUCUGUACGAAGAUGGGAAUGUAAGACUCCUUCCUACCACUCCUGAUGGCACCGAUUGGAUCCCGUUUGGUUCCUCUAUCGUUGUUGGACAAAGUAAUAUAGAGGCUCGUCCAAGUGCACCAAUCACCAAGCUGAAGAUUGACCCGGCAGCGUUGACCUUUGACGUGGUGUACGCUGACGGCGGAACGGCAACCAUGACCCUCCUCCCCCUCGUCGAAAGGACAGAACUACGUCUCUCCAACAUCAACAUGACUCGGAAUACAACAGCCUACCCCUUUGCCACAUUCCGGUCGAUGUAUAUAGAAGGCGCCAACGCCGACUGUGACACCGUAGCCUCCAACACACAGAGCCCUGAACACAUCAUGGACAGCUGGGGCACCAUCAGCGGAGCGUUGUUCGGCUUCCUGCGUCGCUGUCACUCCCGACAUCUUACACAAAGCCCCGAUCUUUACUUGGGUAUCAUGCAGGGAUAAGUUCCAAUUUCAUGGAAUUUGCUACUGCAUAUGUGAUUUGAAUCCUUUUUCAGGAAUUAUACACACAUUCAACUCUGGAUGUUACCCUGACUUUAAACAACAAAAACAUUCUACCUGUGCUCUGUGUAUCUUCUUUCAUAUAUUUUUCAUAAUAAAAGUCAUGAGGCUCUA